ACUGGGAGGGAGGACAGACAAGCAAAUUGAAAAAAAUAGACCGCCUGAACCCAAUUCAAAAUUUUCAAAAGGAUUUCACUUCUUACUCACUCUAUCUCUCUCUCGCCGGAGGCCAAAAUAUGGAUGCACCGCCGAUUACUCUAGUAAUGGUUCAGGGCCCACGUAAAGGCGAAACUAUCGGAUUCCAACCCGGAUCCGCCAUUCUGAUCGGGCGAAUAACGCGUGGCAACAACGUCCCAAUCAAGGACGCCGGAAUUUCUUCUAAGCACCUCACAAUUGAAUCUGGAUCGGGAAAAUGGGUCCUCCUAGAUCUCGGAUCCUCUAACGGAACAACUCUUAAUUCCAAUAUGCUCCCUGCCAAAACUCCAUUUGAUCUCCACGACGGUGAUACGUUGAAGCUGGGAGAGACUACGUCGAUCUUGAUCAAAAUCGAAGGCCGUGGAGGCGGCGGAGAGGAGGUGGCAGUGGCAGUCGAGAGCCGGAGGAGGAGGAAUCCGCCAAGGAGAGGUAAGGCUUUGAAGAGCGAAACAGAGAGUUUUAAUAAAGAAUUGGAGAAUAUAGAAUUAGAAAAGAAAGAGAAUGUUAUAGUUACUAGGAGUAGGAAGAACGAGGAUUCCAUUAAUCGCGGGUUAUUUAUGCCGAAGGUUCCUGAAAAUCAGGAAGCCGAGGCGAAAAGAGGGAAAGGCCACCCUCGUGGGAGGAAAAAGAAGCCGCAGGAAGAAAAAUUAAAGGAAAAAGAAACAAGUUUGAUAGAAAAAGAUGGACUUUUUAUCAUAAAAGAUGAAGUGGAUGAGGAGAAGGAGGAGCUGAGUUCUUUGCAAAACGAAGAAAUUAAUGUAAGAAAAGAUGAAGAGAAAGUGGAAGAUUCGAAGACCGAGGUUAAGGAGAGUUGUGAUGAAAGGAUAGAGGUGGAUUUGGAGAAGAUGACAUUAGGGGAGUGGUUUGAUUACUUGGAGGUUCAUUUGCCGAAGCAGAUAAUCGAGGCGACAGAGGAGAUGAUUGAGGGUAUGAGGAAGAAAGCUGAGAGGGUUCAGGAGUAUAUGGUGGAGCAGAAGGAGUAGAGUAAAGCUGCUUUGGGGUACAGGUAGGUAUCAAGCACUUUGUUUUGUGGUAAUUAAUGACUAAAUGCAAUCUGCUUAAUUCUUUUUCCGUUGAAGUUCUAAUCUUUUAGCCGAUAGGUAUUUUUAGUAUGAUUUCGAAUGUUUAUAUUUCUGCUGCUUGCAUUUCUUAGUGUCAGAAAUUUUAAGAUGAUUCUGCAAGAAUUGUGCUUGUGUAUUGUAGGAGCAGAGCCUUAGUGAACUAACAGAAAUAUUGUCCUGAUGAUUUUAUUAGAUAUUGGGAUAAUGAUAAACUUUGAUCAACCAAGUGAGCUAGCAGUCCGUGCAGACAAUGAUUUCAUAUCUUUAUAUUUAGUUUUAUGACAUUGGUAUUGUGACUUUACUCUUCAUUACAAUAAUCGAGAUAAUUGGUUUAUGUGAAUCUCCAACUGUGCUUCCUGUAGCAAUGUAUGCUGCGUGCUUUAUCUGGCCUGCGGAUGCCGUUGCCUAUGUAGUUUUACAUUUAACAAGGUCAAUUAUAGCUAGUUUGAUGUAUGCUAAGAAGGCAAUGAGUGUUAAAUGCUUUAAUUAUCUUGGUCUUAUAAGAUAUUUGUGUGAAUCAGGGUCAUUUUCUUCUUUAAGAUAUCUGCUAACAUGCUUAACUCUCAUCCAUACUGGAAUAUUAGUAAUUUCAGAGCUUGAUGAUUGGUAAGUUCUUUCCUCUGAAUGAGGUGAAUAAAGGCUCUUCUAAGAGAUAAUUGGAACUUUUUAUACAAUCUCAUUUGCCACAAUGAAGUUCUUUUUGUGUAGUAUAUGCUACCCUACGACUUCCGUUUUAAAGAAAGAAAAUCUUACGUCUUCCUCGAUGUAUAUCUUGACAAUCUUUAGUAUUUCAAAGUUAUUAAUGCACUUGUAAUAGCUUUAACUUCCCACCAUGACAACGAUGUCUUUUAUUCGUGAUUACUUGAAUUCCAUGUCAUGCUGCAUUAAAAUCUUUAUCAAUCCUUUAUG